UGCCGGAGCCUGAACUGGUUCCUGACCUAGGGGGCCAGCCUCGGGGUGCGAAGGGCUCUAGGGGGUGCCCCGGGACCUCGGGUUACAUUCAUCUGCCCUGGGGAUUCACUCCAAGUGGGAGCCAAGAGUGCUAAUAGGCAGACAGAAGCUCAGGGACGUUAGGGCCCUGUCACUGGGAGGACCUGCCUGAGUCCGUGUGAAGGGCAAAGGAGUAGACCCUGGGUGGAAGCCACCCACCGCGCUGGUGAGGUGUGGAAGUGUGAAGCCCGCAGAUGAGUCUGGGCUGUGAGGGACCAGCGGUUUGCCCAGUCUGCUUCUGGUCUCUUGGGCAGGGAGAUUCCGAGAGCCACGCUGCUGCCGGAAAGCGAGCCCGCCCUGGAGGGGAAGGCUGCGGCCCCUGCUGCUGCUCCCGCCGUGGGGCCUGCCUCUCGGCCUUCCUGCUGCUACUGCUGGCCCUGCUUGCCGUCUUGCUUGUCGUGGCCACUGUCCUCGGACGUCCGCCCCGCAUCCCAGAGAUCCGGUCCUGUGUGACAAUGACCAACAGGACGGGCUUCUUAUGCCAUGACCGAAGGCAGUGCAUCCCAGCCCACGGGGUGUGUGACGGCAUCCGCACCUGUGCCCAUGGUGAAGAUGAGGAGGAGAGCUUGUGCCGAGAUGUGCCCCAGAGCCUCCCCAGUUUCCUCCUGGCCCACUGUGGAGACCCAGCCUCCUGGAUCUACUCGGACCAGAAAUGUGAUGGCACCAACAACUGUGGGGACUGCUCGGAUGAACUGAGCCCAGUGACUGUGUGCCCACCUUGUGGCCCCGGAUGGUGGCCCUGCACUCCGACUGUCUUCAGGUACUGCAGCUGCAUCCCGAGGGUCCUGUGCCGGGACCGCGUGCAGCACUGUGCUGACUGGUCAGAUGAGUACAUCUGUCCUGGACCCUGAGUGGACCUCCCUCCACAGCAUGGAAGCGGGCACCGGGACCUUCCGCCAGAGCAUCGAACCCUAGACCACAGAGGCAGUAAGGAACCUCUGACGUCAUCCAGUGACAGCCUCCCACUCUCUCUAACUCUGAAUUACCUUUCCUCUUUUCAAGGCUCUCAGCCUUUACCUGGGCACCUCCAGUGACAAGGAGCUCACGUCCAUGUUAGAUAGCUUCUAACGAAGAUGAGGCGAGUCUGCCUCCAUCUUUUUAGGCCUGCCUAUGGGACCACACAGAGGAAAUAUGCUCCGUGGCUCCAGGGCAGGCCUGAAGGUCCCCAUCUUGUCGAUGUUUUUAGAGACAGAUAAAUGUGUGGCUCAAAUGCCGAGCAGAGUUUAGCCCCCGUGGAUAGAAAACAAAGUACACACAUUUACCACCGUCCAUCUGCUGCCCAAGGCAGAACUGCUGAGAUCCCAGGCCGCUGGAGCACGUUGCUCAGCUCACCAGCAGCCCCCAGUUGACCACAUGGGAUGCAGGUGGUAUCCUUCUAGCGCCCCAGGCUCCUAGUGGCUGGAGAGUGGGAGGCCCGGAGAGAGGAUCAGUACCUUCAGCCUCGGCCCUGAUUCACCUGACACUCUCCUGCAGGUUGGCAUUUUGGUCCUGAAGCCAGAGUGAGCCAUCUCCCUGAGUUCCUUCUAGCUUCUCGGCACCUAGGCAGGCAAGGGCAGAUGUACUUUUAGACAGAUGGGGAAACUGAGGCCCGGGGGAUAACUUGCCCAGGAUCAACGCUGGAACUGGGACUCAACUUCAGUCUCAAAGUCAGCCUGUGGAACCCUGACCUUAGGGCCUUCCCCACUCGUAAAGAAUAGAGCCACACCUUGGCUGGGGGGAGGGGGGUGACUCUAAAGAGGUAGCUUGAGGGACCAAAAGUAACCUGUCCUAAUCCUGAAAGAGAAACUUGGGAUCUGGCUAUGUGGAGGGCCCCUGUAGGAAGACACAGAGAUAACCCACUAGAAAUUACUAAAACUGGUUUUCUAUGUUAGUGUCUUAUAAGGUUUGACCUGAAAAUGGCACCAAAGGAGCCAGUGAGCUCUGGCCCUUCAUUAGUUCUUUCACUGAUUCAUGCAUUCAUUCAGCCAUUUCUGAACCGAGCUGGGAGCUGGGUCCCCAGAGAAGAGGCCUGGGUCCCAGCACACGAGCAGUGUGAGGCCUUGUGGGGAACCCAUGUCACCCCAUGCAGGGAUGAGUGAGGUAAGCAGGGAUGCUAGGCCCCAGUGACCCUGCUUGAGGGAUGUCCAGCCUCAGCUUGACCCUUCAGCUGGACUUCUCUGCAGAGGGCAGGCAGGGGUUGUCUUCAGGAGGAGGGAACCAUGUGAGCCAUGUGGCAGUUCUCCUCACCCAUGGACCGUCCAACAGGCUGGAGUGGCCAAAGCAUGGGCAUAUGUGAAAAACAAAGAUGCUCACUUCAUAAUAAGAGUACCGGAGACAGCCGGGCGGUGGUGGCGCACGCCUUUAAUCCCAGCACUCGGGAGGCAGAGCCAGGUGGAUCUCUGUGAGUU